AUGAAGUUUUAUGGAGCUCUGAUCUUGUUUAUGACUCUGUCAGCAGCAUGGGGACUGAGAUGCUACAUAUGUGUGGGAAAACCCUGCAAAGACACAACGACUUGUCCUGCAAACAUGGACCGUUGUACCUCCUUUGUGUUGGACGGUGUUGUCUACAAAGGUUGCACCAACAAAGCUUCUUGUGUUAGUCCCAUAAAGUGCUGUGACACAGACUUGUGUAACAGCGCUGUACCCACUGGUUCCAGUGUCCUCCUCCUGCUGGUAUCUUCAGGCAUCAUCACACUCUUUCUCUGAGGCUCUGGAG